AUGACCGGUAACACCAAAACGGUGCGUUUCGGCAUCUUAGGCUGCGCCCACAUCGCUCGGAAAGUGGCUCGAGCCAUUGGUCUCGCCCCUGGAGCCACUCUCGGUGCCAUCGCCAGCCGUUCCAAGGAGAAGGCCGAGAGGUUCGCCGCCGAGAACGGGUUUCCGGAGAGCGUGAGGAUUUACGGGAGCUACGAUCAGGUGUUGGAGGACGCAGAUGUGGACGCCGUGUACGUGCCCCUCCCCACGAGUCUGCACGUGCGGUGGGCGGUUAUGGCCGCCGGUAGAAAGAAACACGUGCUGGUGGAGAAGCCCGCGGCUCUUGACGUGGCGGAGCUUGAUCUGAUUCUGGAAGCGGUUGAAUCUAACGGCGUGCAGUUCAUGGAUGGGAGCAUGUGGUUGCAUCACCCUAGAACUGCUCACAUUCACCAAUUGUUUAGUGUUCCUCGUUCUGCUAACAGCAUUGGACCAAUUCGCUUUAUCCGCAGUACAUCAACAAUGCCGGUAACACCUGAAUUCCUUGCAAGUGAUAUUAGAGUAAAGCCAGAGUUAGAUGGUCUUGGUGCACUUGGUGACUUGGCCUGGUAUUGCAUUGGUGCUUCCUUGUGGGCAAAGGGCUACCAAUUACCAACCACUGUCACUGCUCUGCCAGAUGUCACAAGAAACAGUGCCGGAGUUAUCUUGUCCAUCACAGCUUCUUUGCUGUGGGACCAACCAAACCAAACAGUAGCAACCAUUCACAGCUCCUUUCUUUCUCACAUUUCCAUAGACCUGGCCAUAUGUGGUUCCGACGGCUCUGUGCAUCUCAGGGACUUCAUAAUCCCAUACCAAGAGACUAGUGCUUCGUUUGACCUCACAUUUGGAGCCAAGUUUGUUGACCUUCACAUUGGGUGGAAUGUGAAACCAGAGGAGGUUCAUGUGGCCAAUGAGCUACCCCAAGAAGCUCUGCUGGUGCAAGAGUUUUCUAGGCUUGUUGCAGGUAUUAGAGAUUGUGGGUCUCAACCAUCUAGCAAAUGGCCUGAAAUCAGUAGAAAGACUCAACUGGUAGUUGAUGCAGUCAAGAAGUCACUAGAGCUAGGCUGCAAACCUGUUACCUUGUAG